AUGGCGCCAACGCUCUGCUUCAACUGCCAGGCCUCGCGCGCCGUCAUAAUUCGGCCCAAGAACCGACACAAACUAUGCCGAUCUUGCUUCCUCGAAAUCUUCGAAGCCGAAACCCACGAAACCAUCACCUCGACGUCCCUCUUCCGCCGCGGAGAACGCAUUGCCAUCGGCGCCAGUGGCGGCAAGGACAGCACCGUGCUUGCCUCUGUGCUCAAGACACUGAAUGAGCGAUAUGACUAUGGGCUUGAUUUGGUGCUGCUGUCUAUCGAUGAAGGUAUCAAGGGAUACCGCGACGACAGUUUAGAGACCGUCAAGCGCAAUGCUGUCCAAUACGACAUGCCGCUGGAAAUCGUCGGGUAUGAUGAACUGUACGGCUGGACAAUGGACCAAGUAGUUGCGCAAGUGGGCAAAAAGGGGAACUGUACCUACUGCGGCGUGUUUCGUCGACAGGCUCUUGAUCGAGGCGCCGCACGUUUGGGGAUUAGACAUGUUGUCACGGGCCACAAUGCGGAUGAUGUUGCCGAAACGGUCAUGAUGAAUCUGCUCAGAGGCGAUCUGCCGCGUCUCUCGAGGGGGACAAAUAUCGUCACUGGUUCUAUUGAUACAGAGGUCAAGCGGAGCAAACCCCUCAAAUACGCAUACGAGAAAGAAAUUGUGUUGUACGCACACCACAAGAAAUUAGACUAUUUCAGCACAGAGUGCAUCUACUCGCCAGAGGCAUUCCGAGGUAGCGCGCGAACACUCAUCAAAGAUCUCGAGAAAAUCCGCCCUAGCUCUAUCCUCGACAUUGUCAGAAGCGGCGAAGACAUGGCGUCACUGGUCCCCCCCGAGAUUAGAAACAGCGGUAACCCAAUAGUUUCUGCGGAUGACAGAGGCGGAUGUGGCAGUCAAAACGGCCGGUCUAGCGGAGGUGAAAUGGCUGCAAUGGAAAAGAAGCUUGCAGCAAACGACGAGGCGCAGGAGCGAGAGAUUGAAGUGACGCUGCCAUCGCGCCGUUCUUCAGUUGCCACUGUCCAGUCCCAAAGAUUUCCUCGAUUGCAGCCAAAAGGGAAGCCGGUCAAGGCCCAGACGGCUGGCAAAUGCGAACGCUGUGGGUAUAUAUCUAGUCAAAAGAUCUGCAAGGCGUGCACGCUGCUGGACGGGCUCAAUAAAAGCAGACCAAAGACUAGUAUUGAAGUGGGUAUUGAGGAUGAAGAAAGCAGUUCGACGCUGAUGCGGCAGAUGGAGACCGUGCAACUCAGUUCGAUGACUUGA